CUCGGGUGGGCUUUACGUUGAAGCAAGUGCAGGCGGCUUGAGAGGAUAGAAACCGAGUGAGGGGGAUAUCCUCCUCACUGUUGUUGAACUCAGAGUCAAACAUGGACAGCAGACUCUGACAGAUGCACACGUGUCUUCUUCACUCAUGAUUCGAACUAUCCUGGAUUAACUCAGGGACCGGACGAAAGAAAACCCGAGCACAAAGUCAGAAGAAACUUUGAAGAGAAAUUGAGAUUAACACCAGCCAAAGCCAAGCUAGGCCAAGCUCCUUCUAUGACCACUACAAUGGUUUGGUCUAUGAUGGUGACAGUCCUGAUGCGUAUCUUGUUGAUAUCCAAUGGUGCCCUGAGUUUGGAGCUAGAGGAGUGGGCCUCUCUGCAGAAAGAUGCCAUGGACCUCCCCUGGCAGGAUGAGCUGUGCUGUGACUCACCCUCAGCCCACCUCACUGCGGAGGGAGACAACACACACACACCAGAGACAAAUCAAUCUGAAUCAAACCUCCCGCCCCAUUCCCUCUGCAGCUUCAGGGGCUCCACAACUAGAUCACAUCCUCCUGAUUCAUCUGGAGGCACCUGUUUGGACAUUCUGUGCAAAAUUGAUGAACACUGGGAAAAUCUAGUAUGUAAGCUUCAGUCACACAGCCAACCAUUAACCACAUCGGCUGCUGGUGUUAUGGCAGUUCGCUUACAGCGUGUGUCGUUAAAGAAAGAGGACAAAGAGGUGAAGGAUGGAAAUACACAGUAUGAUAAUCCUGUGAUCUGCCAGGUGGAGGUUUCAGUUAUGUGCUCGGUUGUUCUUGACACUACGACAAGCUUUGUCACUGUGGUAACCUCCAGCCUUUCCAAGGCCAUCGCUCCGUCAGUUCUUCUCAGAAUUCCUCCCCGACCUGUGAAACCAAAUCCUCCAGUCAACCUUUCACAUAACCAGACCAUUAAGCCAGAACUGAUUCUGCAGUGGGACGACCCGCCUGACUCUGAUACCGGUCAGCUGAGAUACGAAGUCCGGCAAUCUUCUAAAACUCACCCGGCCUGGCAGGUGGUGUCUGUGCCAGAAGAGCCUAGGCUGUCUCUGGAGUUGAAGCCCGAACUGAACUACACCAUCCAGGUUCGCUCCUCCGGCCUUGGCAAUCCUCCAGUGUGGAGCGAGUGGAGUGACCCUCACCACAUCUACCUUGACAAAGUAACCUACAUCCCUCAGAAAGUUGUCGCACGACCUGGGGAAAACGUUACGGUGCAUUGUGUUUUCAACGACCACAGCAGCAAUGCCAGCACGGCCAUGUGGAUGCUCAACUUCGUGCACAAGCUUAAUGUUAGUCAGUUCCAUCCGCUCAACCAAUGGGUGAGCGAAAUCACAGUUCUACCUUCAGAGACUGCGAUGUAUGACCUGCUGCGUUGCACUCAGAACUGGGGCCUGCCAUCUAGCCAGAUCUAUGUAGAAGGAGCAUACCUCGAAAUAAACUGUGAAACCAGUGGUGACAUCGAUGCUAUGGACUGCAACUGGACGAACAUGCAGAUGACUAAUCCUGAAUUCAGAUACAAGUGGGCUGACCUGUCGUGUGAUGUGAUGGAGAAGAAGGAACAAAGAGGGGAGAAAGUGGGGAAGACAGAGCCUGCUUGCGUGCAAGUUGACUUCCCUUCGUAUUUUACAUGGACCCCACUGGUGAUUCAACCCAGGAAGAAAAUGUGCACCAUCCAGCCUCUGAGGAUGAGCUGCUACAAGCUGUGGCUGGAGGAGCCGUCCCAGCUAGGGCCCGUUAGAUCUAAACCCAUCUACCUCACGCCCACAGAUCAUGUGAAACCCCACACCCCCACAAAUGUGAAGGCAGUGAGCCAGAGCAGUGGGGUCCUGAUAGUCACAUGGAAGCCUCCCUCUCUGCCUUUCGAAGGGGUCCAGUGUCAGUUUCAGUACCACUUGCCAUCCGCUGUCAGACCACAGCCAGAGUGGAAGGUCCAGAGUCCUGUGCGGGAGACAUCGGCGGAGGCUGUAGUGUCGGACAUGUGCCGGGUGUAUGUGGUACAAGUACGCUGCAUGCACACCAAUGGCAUCGGCUACUGGAGCGAUUGGAGCGAUUCAGUCUACUCCACUCCCCAGAACAGCAGAGCUCCUGAGCAUGGCCCUGAUUUCUGGAGAGUCCUUAAAGAUGAUCCACACAGAAACCAGACUAAUGUCACUCUACUAUUUGAACAUCUCCAAAUAUCUGGGCACUCUUACUGUGUGGAUGGAUUUAUAGUCCAGUACCAGCUGUUGAGUGGCUCUGUGAGGAGGAAGCAGAUCGAUGUGGCCUCCUCCUACAGCUUCAAGUGGAACCGAGUUCCCCAAACAGUGACCGUGGAGGCCUACAAUACUGGGGAGCUCGCUAACAACAUCAACAUGACACUGGAGAAACAGCCCAAACGCCGCUGUGUGCGUUCGUUCAGUGUGUUGGUUAUCAACAGCACCUGUGUGUCUCUGUCUUGGAGUCUGUCGGACAACACCUUGGUGCCUAUGUACAUGGUGGUGCAGUGGUCUCUACAGAGGCAGCAGGGCUAUGAUCCCCACAGGGGCCGGAGCAGUGACACAUGGGCCAGACUGCCCUACACCGAGCGUCCCAUCUACUUAAUAGGUAAUUUUUUAGGCUCUGAGGACUCUGGCUUCCAAUUGUACCCUGUGUUUGCUGAUGGAGAAGGCGAGCCGAUGUACGCUAAAGCCACCAGAGCAGACCUUGCUGCCUACAUGAUGCUCAUGAUCAUCUCCUUCCUCUCCUUCGUCCUGUUGGUCACACUGAUCCUCUCCCAGAACCAGAUGAGAAAGAUGGUCUGGAAGGAAGUGCCAAACCCAAACCAGUGCUCCUGGGCCAAAGGACUAGACUUCAAAAAGGCUGACACCUUUGACCUCCUCUUCAGACCUCCAGAGGGCCUGUCAACCUGGCCACUGCUCCUGCCCUCCGAGAACAUUUCUAAAGUUGCCAUAUUGGACCAGACAGAUCUCUCAGCUAUGAAUACAGCUUUAGCCCAAGCCCAUUGUGUGCCCCUUACUUCAGACCCAGCCCCGGCAUUUUCCAUCCCCCUUAGUCCGGAGUUUGACACUGACGUUGACCUGGCUCUACCCAAUGAAAGUGAGGUGCUCCUAAGGGGAGCUUCCUUAGCCCUGAAUUUGAAUACCGGUUUCAGCCCAAGAAUAGAUGAGUUACUACUACCAGACCAGACCUCAGGCAGCAAUGACAGCUCUACUCAGUCUUCGGUCACAUACGCCACUGUGCUGCCCUCUGGUCUGAAACAGGACGGUAGCGGUAGCAGCUCAAGCGACGAAGGCAACUUCUCUGCCAACAACUCUGACAUUUCUGAGUCUUUCCUUGGUGGCCUGUGGGAGCUGGACAACUGCCAAGUUGGAGACAUCGAUGCCCCGCGGCGCUCCUGCUCAUACAACUCUGUGGAUGAGCUUUCUGAAACAUCAGAUCAAGAAGACGAAGGGGAGGGGGAGGUAAGAGGAAAUAAGGACUUGUUUUAUCCGAGAAUGGACUUUCCAGUGGGGGAUAAGAAGAGUUUGGAAGAUGAGCAGAGACGAGAAGAGACAAAUAUUGAGCUGCUUAAUAAUGUAGUUUUGAACAGAGAGGACUGUGCUGUGGAAGUGCACCCUUUGCUCGGGCCUGAUGAGUCGAGCGAGCUGCAGUCAGCAUCAACGCAUUGUUUUUCCCCGACGUACCAGCCUCAGUUCAGGACUGCUCCAUGCUUGAGGCAACUCGCUGCUCACCCACAGGACAGCAAACUCCAGCCAUGACACUCACAAAGAUUACAUUCUAACAAAUAUGUGCAUCAUUUAAUCCAUUUUGAUGUCGAUUGCGUCAUUCAGCUUUAUCUAAAGCAGAUUUGCACAUUCCUUCAGAUAAUGUGAGGUGUGGAGCUAAGAAAUGUAAAAAAGUACCUUCAUGAUGAGUGAUAGCAAAUUGAUAUUAAUCAAUGCUGCUAUUGUUUUCUGCGUGGAAAGACGCUGAGAGGGCACAAGCCUAAUAAAGGCAUUUCUUUCUUUCUUUAUGGGUUUUUCAACCCAGAUCUUACAGUGCUACACUGCUCCGAUGCUGGAGCACAGGCGCAGAAAUGGAGGUUUUUCACUGGAGUUUAUGGUAUUACAGUUCUUUCAGAGAGCAGCACAUGCAGAACACUGGUGAAGAAUGGAGUAAAUACAGUGUUAAGCUACUUAAAAAAUCGUACAGCAUUUUUCACAGCUGAUGCAUACAUACAUACAUUAGCAUAAAAACUAAAGAUGGCAGAUUGGUGUGUGUGGUAACAUUCACUGCUUUCCAUCACGUCGAAAACAACAUGUGUUUGAAUUUUCUGCUGAAUUAUUUCGGCUUAAUUUCAACUAAAACAUGGAAGAGGUUCAAAGAGAAUAGAUAAAUUUGCAGAACGGGAGAGAUAAGAGGACUGUGAUCUGCACAGUCUUAGUUUCCUCAAAUCGUAUUAGACUGUGAAGGAAAAUACAUUGCAGGUUCAUGAUAAUUACAGAUGAAGUCUGUGAGUAAUUGCGGGUGAUUUAAAGGCACAACAUCUGCUGCAUUUGUAAUUAGCUUGCGCAACAACAUCUGCAUGCACUUACUUUCCCAACAACCCAAAGAAUGUCUUUUUGUACUUCGUGCUGUAAUGUAUUUGGGACUUUGUUAAAGUUUGUGAUGAACGCAAUAUCUAUUUUCGUCUGUGUUUGGCAUUUAACAUAUACACCUGUUGUCUGGUGUAAAAAAAAAAAAGACGAAAGAAUGUAUUUUUGAAACCAUAUAAUAAAACUAUUGAGAACAUUGGUCGGCCGAAAUGUUUAUUGUAUAUUGAGAUAUUUUGUCUAUUUGGUUGGAAUAAAUUGUUUAUUGUGA